UGUAAACAUCCGCAGUAAAAAUGGAAGGGUUUACACACAUGCACCAUUUUUUUUUCAGGACGCCCUGUAGAAUACGAAAGUGUUCUUACUCUUGAAACAAAUAGUCUUCUUUUAUGUUUACAGCUGCCACAUACAUUCAAGAGGAAAUAUUAAUUGCAUGAUUUAUCUUUGAACCGCUCUACGUGCCUGAUUAAUUCAUGUUUCCAAUUACCAUUGUGUUUCCUUGUUUGGGUCAAAUUUGAAAGUGUAACACGCUAAAAAUAGAACCUUCCUUUUGCAUUUCAAUCACAGUGCCACUGUGUCACGGGCGUCAACUUGUCACAUCAUGUUUCACUUUCCAAUAAAGAGCGACGUUCUAUUGUUUCUGGCUCUUGUGUGUUUUUGUCCCUUGGGCGUUGCAUUAAUUAACUUGAGCUGCAAGUCAACGCAUCUGCUAGAUUAAGGUAAGAUUGUAAUGUUUCGUUAUUAAGUGUUAAAGAUAGUUUUACGACUCGUGUUCUUGACACCGUAUUUUUACUUUGAAAACUGGAGGAUAUGAUGAUUGACAUUAAAAAAAACCCUUCAGCUUUUUAAAAGGUUUGUAUGUGUUAUUCUUCGAUUAUGGGUUUUGCCAAUGUGAUUUUAGUCGUGUGAAUCAAAAUACGUUAUUUUGAUACGGUAGGGAGGAAAUUAUAAACCAUGUCAUAAAAAUACAUCAAUCGAAUUCAUUUCGCAUGAUUCUUUCACACCAAAAAUGUAUUUGUUUAAAUCGCUCCAUAAAGUUGGAGUUCCCAUGCUUUAAAGAAUCGAUGUUCCCCGCUCGAGCCUCGAAUGCAAUAAAUAUCCUUGCCGAAGAUUCAGACGAAAGAAUAUAGUUCCCAAAGCCCAAAAUUUAUUCGAAUUCUGAGAUCGUCUUUAUCAAGUUUGUGAAAGGAAAAGACAACCAGCUUCCUUUUUCAUAAUAAGUGCCCAAGUUUUAGUUUCAAUGUACAUACCGGUAAAACAAUAACAUGAAAUUGUUAUUGGAUUGAUUUUGAAGGGAAAAAAAUGAAGGGAAAAACCGUGUCCCUCCUGAGUGAUCCCCGUUUGUUAUUUCCAAGGUCUGUAUGGUGACUAAUUAUGGGCGUGAUCCCUGGCUGUAUGGCAUACUGGUUUAUGGCUUCUGACUAGCGCCCCAUGAACAAAUAUAUUGACCAAUUGGGGAACAGCUAACAUAGGGCUGGAUAGCUCAGUUGGUAAGAGCACCAGAACGGUAAUCCGGAGGUCGCAGAUUCAAGCCCCGCUCCAGUCAAUUUCUUUGUUCAACUUUUCAAUGUUAUAAUUCACCUUGUCAGUUUCCCUGUGUGGUUCAUUUGAAAAAAAAUGAAGGAAGGACACUUUUUUGUGGACACGCUUGUUAAGUUUUUCACAUACCAAGGUUUGAAGACUUGUAGUCCAAGAUGAAGACGCAUUUCUCAGUUCUGCUGGUCAUCCUAACUUGGACUCUGUGUGUGGAAGUUUUGAACACCUCUGCAACGGAAACUCCCACCGUAACUGCGGACAUUACGGACACUACCACUGAGAAUUCGACGAUAUUUUUGAAUAUCACUACACCGGAAAGCUCCACAGACGGCAACUCUACACUUAACGGGACAUCUGUACCAGCAUUUGUGUCGACAAAAGGCUCUCCAAGUUCCAACGACGAGUGGAUCCAAGGACUCAAAACCUUCAUUUUCAUCGGGUUCUGGGUCGUGGUUGCCUUGGUGAUUUUCAUCCUCAUCCCCACGAUAUCCAUUAGCUUGGACCGCAUGUGCUGCAGGCGCACGUACGUGAAAACCUACACGGUCAACCGUCGGGAUCGCAUUGGGGUCGAGUUGCAAGAGGCGACAUCUGCAACACUGUACGGUUCUGACCGUGAGGAUGGGACCACUCUUAUGCUACCUGAACCCGUGGCGGCAAUAUGCAGUCCUGUCCCUACAACUCCACCAGUUGUUGAACACCAAAACGAAUCUAGAUAUGGUGAGCACAGCCAGCAGACCGCCGAAUCGGAUAGAUCCUUCGAAACCACCAAGAUGCAGCCCGCCACCGAAAGUCUGGACUCUGUGAUUUGCCAGUUGACCAACAUAUCAGAGGACGACUUUGCUUGGCCAAGCCCAGUGAAAGAUCCGACUUCAGAAAGCCUGAGGGACAGAUCCCAGUCAGCCGGCGUUGCACCUGGCCCCCAAUUGCCAAAGAAUCUUCCUCGGCUCUACAGCGAUCCGCAGAAGGGUAGGAAAGGUCCAGAGGCCUCCCUGUCAAACGAGGGGCCGACAAGUCAGCCUGAACUCCUGGGAGUUCCACGCAGCGGCUCUGAGGGUGGACAAACCCCAGGCAGUUUCCAUCUUGUGAUUGCAAAGGGUGAUAAGGAUGGAGCCACGGCCACUGGGGCUCCCACAAGUCCGGAGGAGUGGAGAAACGAGUCUUACCUCCACUCUCCAACUGCAGCAUCCAACAUAGCAGCAAUCCCCAAGUGGGAGUCUACAACUACAGGAAAAGACAAGGCACCCAAGACCCCCUCAAACCCACACUUAUCCCGUAUCCAUGUCUACGAGGAACUGACAGACACCCCAUCCAGGGCAAGGUCUCCUGAUAACCGGUUGUCAGUCUCCGAGAGCAAUCUCCUGCAAUCACCCGGUUGUAAGAUAACCCUCCCCCAGUAUUUUGAGGUGAAUGACUUCACUGGAAUCCCAUCCCAUCCAAAGGAAGCCCAACAAGCACCCCUUGGUCCAGGCAGAGGUACUCCGGACACAAUUCCCGACUCACUGACACAGCUCACACAAGACGAUUCAUCAUCAGACGAGGAGGACAGGAAACACAGAACGAAGGAAGGCUACCAGAGUGCCAUCAAAGUUCGUACCAGGAAGGGUCUCAUGGCCGGCUCACUCUCAACCAAGCAUCGCCUAUCUGACGGGGCUUUGGAGAAGAGACCCCCCAUUGUCCCCCAACAACAUUUUGGCUCCCUCCAAAGGUGCAACGUACCUGUAGCAGGACCCAAAGCCCGCAAAAAAAACGGGGAAGCCUACUCCAAGUUGAACAGAUUCAGACCCCCAAAUAAGGCCAAGCUUCACACCUCUGGCAAUGUUUACAACAAGCUGAGUCCUCCUGUGGACCCAGUUGAAAAUAGGGCAGAAACCUUGGGUGGCGACACAUCUGUCUAUGAAACUAGCCUCUGAAGUCAACAACUUCAACAGAAUAAUAAACGCGAGUGGUUUAUCUGCACCGUAUUUGGCGGGAAGAUUUGGAGAUGUCUAAACUCUUUGAAUGUUCCAGUUCCAAUUCGUUAAAAAUGUUGCAGCUGAGAAAACAGCUUCCCAUGUGCAACCACAGAGACAUGUCCUUUCUCUAUGGUGCAACACAGUUGUUUUCAGUUGGGACAUAUGCAAGUGGGCUUUGUGCAUGUCCCAACUUAGUGGUUCGCAACAACUCUGUUCAAAGUGGGAACAUAUGUCUUCCCACUUCAAACGUGUCACAUCCCCGUGGAAUACCUCAAUUCUUGAGAUGUUCCUGGCAUCAGAAAAUAUUAACCAGACGGCAUGUGCCCUCCUAUAGAAUCAUUUGCUUUUCAUGUAAUUGUUCGUUUCCAAUAUCACCACACAAAAUCCAAAGAAGAAUGUUCAAAACCUAUCCUACCUAUAUUACACUUUUCGAGAAAACCGUGAAAAAACCAUGCACAACCUUUUGAUCACGAAACACAAUUUCAUUACUCUUUAUUUCCAAAGGUCAGUCAAAUGACUGAUCUUUGGAAAUCACCUACAUUUCUUGAUUUCUUCCAAAUGACAGCAAGCCAGAUGGAAUAAUUUCAUGGGGUACCAGUAUGAUGUUUAAUCCGAAUAAACUUUUUGAUAGUAAUUUGCUCGGUUGCUUUUGGGAUAAAUACUAAUUGUUUUUGGAUGAUAGUAAUCAGUAGGGCUCGAUCCACAGAAAUGGGAACAUAUGUCUUCUCGUCUGUGUGCAUUUGCGGUUUAAUUUAUAUGUAUGGUUUGUUCCUUUCAGAAACAAAGAUCCUGCACUAAUUGUCUAUAUGACAGUUAACUGAUGCUUUGUCAAAACUUAAAAGCAUAUCCAAGGCCCAAUUGAAAUGAAAACUUAAAAAAAAAAAAUGUUGCCAAUAUGUCCUUGGUACUACAGAGCAAGUAAAUGUGUAAAAAUCAGGUAAGCUACAUGUAAUUAGUUUCGUUAAUUCUUCUAAAUCAUGCCUGUAGAAAAAUGCUACAUAGCUUAAAUUCCUGUUGUGAAAAUAUUAACAAUACAAUUGAAGUUGAUUGAACAUUGUAAGAGAAGUUGAACUACAUUUGUACAUACAGCUUCGGAAAAACUGGAAUCUUUAGUCUG